UCAAUAAAAUUAUGUAUCAAAUAUAAUAACAAUAACCUCUACGCCCAAACCGACUCCUCUCUUCUCUAUAAAUACACAUAUUUGCUUCAAUUUCCUCUCGUUCAAACAUUUCUUCAGCCUUGAAUUACAAUAUUAUAAAAAUUAAAAAUUAUCCUUAUUAUCUUCAACCAAGAAUGGGAGAGAAACAAGAAGGUGCCAAAGUUGAACAAGAGAAGAAGGCAGCCACCGUAGUCUCUACUGAGACAACCGACAACAAGCCAAAGAGCGGCGGAGGAGAUUCAGCUGCAGCCCCGGCUGCCGCGGCUCCCUCCCCCUUUGUUUACAAAGUGGAUAUGCACUGCCAAGGCUGCGCCAAGAAAAUCAAGCGAAUGGUGAAGCACUUUGAGGGAGUCAAAGAUGUGACGGUGGAUAUGGGUGGGAACAAGCUCACGGUGGUCGGGAAGAUUGAUCCGGUGAAACUCCGGGAGAAGUUGGAGGAAAGAAUGAAGAGAAAGGUGGUACUCACCAACCCACCACCACCACUACCGUCCAAAGUAGACGCACCUGCCGCCCCCGCCGCCGCUGGAGAGAAGAAAUCCGACGGUGUAGAUAAGGCGGCGGCUCCUAGUCCUCCUACUCCGGCCGCUCCCAAAGAGAGCUCAGUGGCUUUAAAGAUCAGACUACAUUGUGAGGGAUGUAUUCAGAAAAUCAAGAAAAUAAUAUUGAAAAUCAAAGGGGUCGAGACAGUGGCUAUAGAUGCAGCCAAAGACAUGGUAACAGUGAAGGGAACGAUGGACGUUAAAGAACUAGUGCCUCUCCUCACUAAAAAACUCAAAAGAACCGUCGAGCCUAUUCUUCCGGCAAAAAAAGACGACGGAACUGCCGAGAAAAAUAAGUCAGAAGCCGCUCCUCCCGCCGCAAAGAAAGAAGAUCCGGCUGGUGGUGUUACUGAGGCAAAGAAAGGAGGAAGUGAAGCUGGUGAGAAGGAGAAAAAGUGUGGAGACGGUGGAGAGAAAAAGAAAGAGGGUGGAGACGGUGGUGAGAAGAAGAAAGAGGGUGGAAAUAUCGGAGAGAAGAAGAAAGAGGCCGGAGACGGCGAGAAGAAGGAAGGCGGCGGCGGAGGAGGUGCGCCGGUGGCUGUGGUGAAUAAGAUGGAUUAUUAUGGAUACUCAUAUCCAACGGUUCCAAUGUAUUGGCAAGAAGGACACGUGUACGGUCCGAGUUAUUCGACAGAGGGUCAGACUUAUCCAAUAGGGGGUCAGAGUUAUCCAGGUUCAGGAUAUAACUACGCAAGCGGAAGCUACGUGCCUUACUCGCAUCCAAACAUGAACGCGGCUCCUGGAGUGUUCAGCGACGAGAACCCCAACGGUUGCUCCGUCAUGUAACCAUGGGAUUAAAUUGUGAAUAUAUAAAACUUUAAGGGUCGGAACUUAAAAUGUGAAAUAUAAAAUGUGUAACUUUGGAUAAAGUUUAGAAACUGAUAUGGAGCCAACGGGUCCGUACGUGUAGCAUUGUUCCUUUGUUAGUUUAGUUUCUUUCAAAUUUUUAAAUAAUUAGUAAUCUUACUUACUUUAAU